CAGGGGAGUUGGGGAAAGGAGAGAGAAGGCUGCAGACCUAGAGGGAGGGAAAAUAAGAAGUCAGAAGGAAGAAGAAAACGGAGGAGGGCACACAUACUCAGAGGAAGAAAAAGGGCCAACAGAAAGAAACUUGGGUGGGAAGUGAGGCAGAGAUGAAGUUACAGGGGUCCCUGGCCUGCCUCCUGCUGGCCUUGUAUCUGGGCAGUGGGGAGGCUGGCCCACUGCUAAGUGGAGGGGCAAAUGCUGGAACAGGUAUUGGGGAGGCCAUUGGCCAAGGGGUUGGAGAGGCAGCCAGCUCUGGAAUCAAGGAGGCCAUGGGCCCAGGGAUGGGCGAUGCCUUCGGCCACAGGGUGGGUGAGGCCAUCCGCCAGGGUGUUGAAGCAGCAGCCCAUGCUUUUGGAGACACUGGGAGUGAGGCUGGCAGACAGACUGAGAAUAUUAUUCGACAUGGAAUAGAUGCUGCCCACAGCUCCUGGCAAGGGAUGCCCAGCAACAAUGGUGCUUGGGGAACCAAUGGUCAGCCUCCAUCCAGAGGCCAUGGCAUCUUUGGUUCUCAGGGUGGCCUGGGAUCCCACAGCCAGGGCAAUCCUGAAGGUCCAGGGACUCCCUGGGGCCAUGGACACUCUGGAAGCUCAGAUGGCAACUUUGGAACCAACUCUCAGGGAAGUUCCUGGGGCCAGGGAGGCAAUGGAGGGCCAUACGACUUGGGGACCAAUGCUCAGGGAGCUGUGGCUCAACCCGGUUAUGAUUCAGUGAGGGGAAACAGCAACCCAAAUAUGGAGUGCACCAACGCCCCGCCCUCUGGUUCAGAUGCAAGCUCUAGCAACUCUUGGGGGAGCAGCAGCAGUGGUAGCAGCAGUGGUAGCAGCAGCGGCGGUAACGGUGGUGGCAGCAGCGGCGGUAGCGGCGGCGGCGGCGGCGGCAGCGGUAGCAGCAGCGGUGGCAGCAGCGGUGGCGGCAGCGGUGGCAGCAGCGGUGGCGGCAGCGGUGGCGGCAACGGCGGCAGCGGCGGCGGCGGCAGCGGCAGCGGCGGCGGCGGCAGCGGCGGCGGCAGCAGCGGCGGCAGUGGUAACGGCGGCGGUGGUGGCAACGGCGGCGGCGGUGGCCGCGGCGGCAGCAGCAGUUCCGGGGGCAACUGGGAACAUGAUACGAGCUCUUCCUCAGGUAGCAGCGGAGGAAGUGGAAAUAAACCUGGCUGUGACAACCCAGGGAAUGAAGUCCGAGUAUCUGGAGGAUCUGGGGGUCAGGGUUUCAGAGGACAGGGAGGUUCCAGAGGAUCUGGCAACAUCAAGGAGACAAGCAAGGAGGGUAGUCGCCUCCUUGGGGGCUUCCAAGGCAAUUAUCAGGGACAAGGGUCCAGUGGGGGAGAUGAAGCUGUCAGUGGAAUCAAUAACUUGAACUCUCAGACAUCUCCUGGGCUCUUUGACUUCGACACUUUCUGGAAGAACUUUAAAUCCAAGCUGGGUUUCAUUAACUGGGAUGCAAUAAACCAGGGCCAACUCCCAUCUCCCAGCACUCGAGCCCUCCUCUACUUCAGUCGACUUUGGGAGGAUUUCAAACACAACACUCCUUUCUUGAACUGGAAAGCAAUUAUUGAGGGUGUCAAUCCAUCAUCAUCACUCCAGAAGAGGGCAGGCAGUGCUGGUCAGCCUGGUGCAGGAUGGCCAGAAGUACCAGCUGUAACUUCUAAGAACUACAAUUAUAACCAGCAGGCAUAUCCUACUCCCUCUAGUGGGCAAUACUCAGCCAAGAUCCCUGCUAAGGGGGGAGUCACGGUUUCUUCCUCGGCUUCCCGGGUGCAACCUGGCCUGCUGCAGUGGGUGAAGUUUUGGUAGAAAAUUACCCCCAAACACGCCUGAGGCCCUGAAAAACUUCAGUGUUCAAGGAGCCUGACUGCGCCCCUCCCCCAGCCCUCCCUCUGUGCUAGGCUUGGUCUGGGUGUUGACAUCUGCUCUUUCUAGGUUGGGGACCUGGUCUCUCUGUCCCUUGUCCCUUCUCCCCACUCUGUGUGGUGUCUCCUUGACCACCAGCCUCUUCGAAUAAACCAGCCGCUUUUUCUACCUACUCCAUUUGUAACCUGAAGUCACUGACAGUCCUUCAGGAGAAGCUUCCCACUCUUGAAUUUCUCUGUGGAAAUAAAACAUGGAUCUUG